AUGUCGAAAUUCCGGGGAGUCACCUCCAUCGGUAUUGGAAACGCGUAUCAGGGGGCUCGAACGAGCAUAGACCUACGUCCGAAGCCCACGAAGUCAGCCAAUGGCGCGCGAUUGCGCUCCAGACAGUUUAUCGCGUUCCUGCUUCUCUGGCUCUUUGUCGUGCACUAUUUUGAGAGAUGGCAAGUGAGCAGCAUGAUCAAGUCUUGCCGCUGGAAGAACUGGGAAAAAUGGCCUUCAGGUGCCGAUCCACAUCACCUGGUUGUUGUCGGAGACCCUCAAUUGGUGGAUAAUUUCUCAUACCCUACAAGAAACAGGUUAUUGUUAUAUUUAACGCAGCGGCUUAGCGACAACUACUUACAUCGAAACCACAGGCUUUACCACCAGAUCCUCAGUCCAGACACCACACUCUUUGUUGGGGACCUCUUUGAUGGCGGUCGUGAGUGGGCUAACCCAGUUUGGUACGGAGAAUACUCUCGCUUCCAUAAAGUUUUUGAUCCUGUUGAAUCAACAAGAACAUUGGCUCAAAUUCCAGGAAACCACGAUAUCGGUUUUGGAAAUGGAGUCAACAUUGCCGUACUCAACCGGUUCAGAACAUUUUUCGGCAACCCUAACGACUACCUGAUUUUGGGAAAUCAUAGUCUCGUCCUUUUGGAUACUAUUUCUUUAUCCUCAACAGAGCAUCCGGAGGUGAAUAAAGACCCCACAGGAUUUCUGGCGGCCCUGAGCCAAGACAAUCACCAUGCAAAACAGUAUCCUCGAGUUCUUGUCAGCCAUGUGCCGCUUUACAGGUUUACAGAAUCUCAAACGUGCGGUCCAUUGCGCGAGUCGAAGAAACGGUUUCCAGUGAUGCGUGGGAAGCAGUACCAGACAGUAAUUGAGUAUGAGCUAAGUCAGCGCAUUUUGAACUCCAUCAAACCAAAACUCAUUCUUUCUGGAGAUGAUCACGAUUACUGCCACGUUCGUCAUCCAUUGGCAAACACAGGAGCAGUUCGCUCGGUGGCCGGCGAGGCAUUCACAGACGAGAUCACCGUCAAGUCAUCUGCCAUGACUGGAGGAAUAAAGAGACCUGCCAUCCAACUGCUUUCGCUGUAUAACCCGCUAGACGGCGUUGCUGAUCCUGACUUUGUUCUCGAGGAAACAGGAUCCUUGGUGGUGACUCACGAUACGUUGCGAUCGAGGCUAUGCUAUCUUCCAGACCCUUAUCAGGGCCUUCGAUGGUACGGAUUUGUGAUUCUACUAAUGACCGCUUCGUUUGUGAUGGUCUAUAUGUACCCGGACACUACGACAAAACUGAAUAGCCGCCUUAGAGAUCGUUUAGGAGUUAUCAAGCCGCUCUACGAGGACGACUUAAUGAAGAGACAGUCAUUGAAAAUGUCUUUGAUGGACUUUCUGCUGGAUUGGAACGUCCCCGAAAGACGCAGCUGGAGGCUGUGCGUGCUGCACGUAACGCUUAGUGUCGCCAUUUACGUAUGUAUCUUAGACAGGUACCAUAGUUCUAUAUAG